AUUUUUCAGUUGCUGUUGGUUCGAGGGUGAAGCCAGAACUGUGGAGUGCUGUGGAUUUUCAUGAGACUGAACUCUGUCAGCGGUAUUGAAUUUGUAAUAUAAAAGAGGACCAUUUUCCGUAUCAGACACAUUGCCAUGAUGGCGCUCAAGCUGAGCUGCUUUGUUUUCUUUCUCGUGUGGCAAGCUGUGAAUGGGGACGUCAGCUAUUCUUUUCAAGAGGAAAUGAAGCGCGGAUCUGUCAUUGGGAAUAUAGCGAAGGAUCUUAACCUGGACUACAGUAAACUGUCUGCUCGAAAUGCCCGUGUUGACGCUGCAGGCAAUCGCAAACGUUUUUGUGACAUCAGUCUUAGUACCGGGGAUUUAAUUGUUGCCGACAGGAUUGACCGAGAAGGGCUUUGUGGGGAAAAGCUGUCGUGUGUAAUAAAACGCGAUCUUGUCCUGGAGAAUCCUCUGGAACUGCAUCCUUUUAGUCUACACAUUCAGGAUAUUAAUGAUAACUCGCCACAGUUUAACGAAGAAUCGAUCAAUAUAGAAAUUCGAGAGUCAGCAGUCAGAGGAGCUCGUUUUGUGAUCGAAGAGGCUCACGAUGCGGAUGUAGGCCAAAAUUCAGUUCAGCAGUACAGCCUUAAAAAGAAUGAUAAUUUCAUUUUGGCUGCUAAUGGAAACACAAUAGAGCUUGUGCUUGACAAAGAGCUUGAUCGUGAAAAACAACAAGAGAUCAAUUUGCUCCUUACAGCUCUAGAUGGUGGCUCUCCUCAGAGAUCAGGUACAGUAGUCAUACACGUCACUGUACUGGAUGCUAAUGAUAACGCCCCAGUGUUUAGCCAGGCCGUUUAUAAAGCCAGUCUGCCUGAAAACUCUCCUGCAGAUACUGUAGUGGUCACAGUGAGCGCUACUGAUGCAGACGAGGGAAUUAAUGGAGAUGUGACUUAUGAUUUCGGACAUGUUACUGAAGAUGUCAAGAAAGUUUUUAGUAUUGAUCGUAAAAACGGUAAAAUAAAGGUUAAUGGUGCGAUUGACUUUGAAGCUGUUGCAACAUAUGAUUUGCGCAUUAAAGCAAAAGAUGGUUUAGGAUUAUCAUCAUACACAAAGGUAUCCAUUGAUGUCACUGAUGUUAAUGACAACGUACCUGUAAUUUAUGUGAAAUCUGUGGCUAAUCCAAUACCUGAGGACGUGUCACCUGGUACAGAGGUGGGCAUCAUUAACGUGCAGGAUGCAGAUUCUGAGAAUAACCAGCAGGUCCGCUGCUCCAUUCAGCAAAACGUCCCUUUUAAGUUGGUUCCUUCUAUUAAAAACUAUUAUUCUCUGGUGACCACAGGACAACUGGACCGUGAACUAGUGUCUGAUUACAACAUUACAAUCAGUGCCACUGACGAGGGCUCUCCACCUCUGUCCUCCUCUAAAACUGUUCAGUUAUCUGUAGCAGACAUCAACGACAAUCCACCUGUGUUUGAGGAACAGUCCUACAGCGCAUAUGUGACUGAAAAUAACAAACCUGGCUCCACUUUAUGUUCCGUUACUGCUCGAGACCCCGACUGGAGACAAAACGGUACAGUGAUUUAUUCUCUGUUAUCCGGUGAGGUGAACGGUGCCCCGGUGUCCUCCUAUCUAUCUGUUAACGGAGACACGGGGGUGAUCCACGCUGUGAGGUCGUUUGAUUAUGAACAGUUCAGGAGUUUUAAAGUCCACGUGAUGGCCAGAGACAACGGUUCUCCUCCGCUCAGCAGCAACGUGACCGUCAGUGUCUUCAUAUCGGAUGUGAAUGACAACUCUCCUCAGAUACUGUACCCCGCCCCGGAGGGCAACUCGUUCAUGACCGAGCUGGUCCCCAAAGCUGCACACGGAGGCUCUCUGGUGUCCAAAGUGAUAGCGGUGGACGCGGACUCCGGACAGAACGCCUGGCUGUCCUAUCAUAUAGUGAAAUCCACUGAUCCGGGACUUUUCACUAUUGGUCUCCACAGCGGAGAGAUCAGGACACAGCGGGACAUUUCUGAAUCUGACAGCAUGAAGCAGAACCUUAUUGUGGCAGUGAAAGAUAACGGACAGCCCUCUCUCUCUGCCACGUGUUCCAUGUAUUUACUUAUUUCUGAUAACUUGGCUGAGGUGCCAGAACUGAAGGAUAUUUCUUAUGAUGAGAAGAAUUCCAAACUGACCUCUUAUCUGAUCAUCGCGCUGGUGUCUGUGUCCACCUUUUUUCUGACCUUCAUUAUCAUCAUCCUGGGUGUGAGGUUUUGUCGCAGGAGAAAGCCCAGACUGUUGUUUGAUGGAGCAGUGGCCAUCCCCAGCGCUUAUCUCCCUCCUAAUUACGCAGAUGUUGACGGCACAGGAACUUUACGCAGCGCUUACAAUUAUGACGCAUACCUGACAACAGGUUCUAGAACCAGUGACUUUAAGUUUGUGACGUCUUACAAUGACAACACACUUCCUGCUGACCAGACUCUGAAGAAAAGUCCAUCUGACUUUGCUGAUGCCUUUGGAGAUUCCGACUGCUCUCCUGAGAGGAUUACGUUUGGCUGUAUUUUUGAAUUGGACAAGUCUUUGUUGUGGUGGAUUCGACACUGGCCUUGCAGGAAAAUGAAGCACAAAGCAUUUUCAGCACGCGGCCUGGUUACCGCGUUGGGGAUGUUUCUUCUCGCGCUGGAAACCGUCUGUGGAGAUGUGUCUUAUUCUUUUCCAGAGGAGAUGAAACGCGGCUCCAUUGUUGGAAAUAUUGCGAACGAUCUUGGACUUGAGGUGGGCAAACUGAGAGCUCGAAAGGCUCGUAUUGAUGCAGACGGGAACAGCAAACGGUACUGUGACAUUAAUCUGAGUACUGGCGAUGUCAUUGUUGCUGAUAGGAUUGACCGAGAGGGGCUGUGUGGCAAAAAAGCAUCUUGCAUUGUGAAACAGGAACUUGUUUUAGAGAACCCUUUAGAGCUGCAUCGCAUCAGUGUUCACGUUCAGGAUAUCAACGAUAAUUCCCCACAGUUUAAAAAGAAUAGAAUCAAAUUUGAAAUCAGUGAAUCGGCAAUUAAAGGAAGCCGCUAUCGUUUAGAUGAGGCCCACGAUGCAGAUGUCGGACAAAACACCAUCCAGGGUUAUAGUAUCGAGGCAAACGAAAACUUUAGGUUGAAUGUAAUUGCAAAAAGCGGUGGAGGGAAAUACAGCGAGUUAGUUUUAGAGAAGGAGCUGGACAGAGAACAACAACAGGAGCUAACGAUUGUGCUUGUGGCAACAGACGGAGGCGCACCUCAGAGAUCAGGUACAGUAGUCAUACACGUCACUGUACUGGAUGCUAAUGAUAACGCCCCAGUGUUUAGCCAGGCCGUUUAUAAAGCCAGUCUGCCUGAAAACUCUCCUCCAGAUACUGUAGUGGUCACAGUGAGCGCUACUGAUGCAGACGAGGGAAUUAAUGGAGAGGUGACGUAUGAUUUUGAUCACAUUUCAGAUGAAAGUAACAACGUAUUUUCUCUCGAUCAGACCACUGGUGAAGUGAAAGUCAGUGGCGCAAUAGAUUAUGAGGAGUUGUCCGCCUAUGAAAUACAAAUUACAGCCACGGAUGGUCUUGGAUUAGUGUCAUCUUCUACAUUAAUUAUUGAUAUCACAGAUGCAAAUGACAACGCUCCUCUUACGUCCAUUAAGUCACUGACUAAUCCCAUACCUGAGAACGUGUCACCUGGUACAGAGGUGGGCAUCAUUAACGUGCAGGAUAGAGACUCUGAGAGUAACGGACAGGUGCGUUGCUCCAUUCAGCAAAACGUCCCUUUUAAGUUGGUUCCUUCUAUUAAAAACUAUUAUUCUCUGGUGACCACAGGACAACUGGACCGUGAACUAGUGUCUGAUUACAACAUUACAAUCAGUGCCACUGACGAGGGCUCUCCACCUCUGUCCUCCUCUAAAACUGUUCAGUUAUCUGUAGCAGACAUCAACGACAAUCCACCUGUGUUUGAGGAACAGUCCUACAGCGCAUAUGUGACUGAAAAUAACAAACCUGGCUCCACUUUAUGUUCCGUUACUGCUCGAGACCCCGACUGGAGACAAAACGGUACAGUGAUUUAUUCUCUGUUAUCCGGUGAGGUGAACGGUGCCCCGGUGUCCUCCUAUCUAUCUGUUAACGGAGACACGGGGGUGAUCCACGCUGUGAGGUCGUUUGAUUAUGAACAGUUCAGGAGUUUUAAAGUCCACGUGAUGGCCAGAGACAACGGUUCUCCUCCGCUCAGCAGCAACGUGACCGUCAGUGUCUUCAUAUCGGAUGUGAAUGACAACUCUCCUCAGAUACUGUACCCCGCCCCGGAGGGCAACUCGUUCAUGACCGAGCUGGUCCCCAAAGCUGCACACGGAGGCUCUCUGGUGUCCAAAGUGAUAGCGGUGGACGCGGACUCCGGACAGAACGCCUGGCUGUCCUAUCAUAUAGUGAAAUCCACUGAUCCGGGACUUUUCACUAUUGGUCUCCACAGCGGAGAGAUCAGGACACAGCGGGACAUUUCUGAAUCUGACAGCAUGAAGCAGAACCUUAUUGUGGCAGUGAAAGAUAACGGACAGCCCUCUCUCUCUGCCACGUGUUCCAUGUAUUUACUUAUUUCUGAUAACUUGGCUGAGGUGCCAGAACUGAAGGAUAUUUCUUAUGAUGAGAAGAAUUCUAAACUGACUUCUUACCUGAUCAUCGCGCUGGUGUCUGUGUCCACCUUUUUUCUGACCUUCAUUAUCAUCAUCCUGGGUGUGAGGUUUUGUCGCAGGAGAAAGCCCAGACUGUUGUUUGAUGGAGCAGUGGCCAUCCCCAGCGCUUAUCUCCCUCCAAAUUACGCAGAUGUUGACGGCACAGGAACUUUACGCAGCGCUUACAAUUAUGACGCAUACCUGACAACAGGUUCUAGAACCAGUGACUUUAAGUUUGUGACGUCUUACAAUGACAACACACUUCCUGCUGACCAGACUCUGAAGAAAAGUCCAUCUGACUUUGCUGAGGUUUUUGGAGAGUUGGAGGGGUCCCCAGAGGUAUGCUUAUCCUAAUGACAUGGAAUUGUAUUCAAAUAGAUUUGCAGACAUGUUCAUAACAUUUAAGUCAGUUUUCUUUUU